GAUCACUUGUAUACAUCGCCAUGGCACAGCGGGGACGGCAAAGGAUCAAUCCAGAUCUUUCUGCGACACAUUCAACGACGGUGUCAACGCUUCUCUUCGCGCCAGUGGACGACGACGACAACGAUACCAUGAGCUCGCUCUCCCUUCAUGAUGAUUCCCGUUCGACAGCGCUGCGGCUUGGUAGUACCCAUUCACCAUAUAUACACCCAACCCACCAGGCCACGGCUUCAACGUCUACUUGUACACCAACCCCAACAAUGCCUGGUACUCCUCGCACUACCUCAUCUCGAAAACCUUCCUCUUUACGCCACUCCUCCACCGCGGUUCCCGCUGAAUCCAUCACCUCCUCCAUCAAACGGCGUAAAUACCCUUCAAAAAACCCACAGCGCGCUCGCACUACCCCACCUCCAGUUCAUGGCAUGCUCCCUAUGCGUUCGUUCAGGGCUCAUACAGUCACGCUUGUAGAUCAUGUUGCGUGGUUGUUCGGAGGAUGUGAUGAUAAGGGCUGUUGGAAGGAUGUGUACUGUUUUGAUACCGACACAAUGCACUGGUCACAUCCUGACACCCUCGGUGACGUACCACCACCCUGCCGCGCCCAUACUGCUACUCUCGUCGACCGCAAGAUUGUAGUUUUUGGUGGGGGGCAAGGCCCAGUGUACUACGACAGCACAUAUAUAUUUGACACUACUACGCGUUCCUGGUUCUGUCCCUUGUUUCCUCACUCCCAAUCCCCGUCGCAGAACCCUGAAUCGAGCCUUGAGUCGCAAUCGCAGAAUCCUCCAGAGAGGCCUCUCCACCCAGCACCGCGUCGUGCACACACCGCUGUCCUCUACAAUGGUAAAAUAUACGUCUUUGGGGGAGGAAACGGCCUCACAGCGCUCAACGAUUUAUGGACGCUUGAUGUUUCUCGGCUAGAUCCCACCUCACAAUCUACAUACUCGUACGGGGGUAGUUCCUUCGGCGGUUCAGGCGCAAGUGGUGGACUUCGCUGGUCCCUCGUCGAAACACAGGGUGAGCCGCCGGUACCGAGAGGAUACCACACUGCCAAUUUGGUAGGGAAUGUGAUGAUUGUGGUCGGAGGGAGCGAUGGUAGAGAAUGUUUUUCAGAUGUAUGGUGUUUACAUCUUGACACUCUCGUUUGGACCCGUCUUAAUCUCCCCCUCUCUCACCGACGGCUUUCGCAUACCUCUACGCAAGUUGGAAGCUGCCUCUUCAUCGUGGGCGGACACGAUGGCGGGGCAUAUAGAGACGAAGUUGUUUUGUUUAACCUUGUGAACCUCCAAUACGAACCACGAACGGUGAAAGGUAAACCCCCUUCCGCCCGUGGAUACCACGCGACGAUCCUUGCAGAUAGCAGAUUGUUUGUUUUUGGAGGGUUCAAUGGUCACGACGUUUUCGACGAUAUUCAUGUCCUUGAUCUUGCAGGCGCUGCAUAUCUACCACAAGUGAUGAGCUUCCGGAUUGAUGUGUGAGCAUCAUACCUCAUCGAUUGGAUGAUGUUUCUCUUCGACGGUGCUAUUGACCUUUCAAAAGCCAUUAAAGUUCCCUUUUCUCAUUCCAUACAGCAUUAUUCGCUCCUUUGAGGACCCUUUUCUCAAUUUUGUCGCUCCGCUUUCUCACUCACCAUUAUUAACUGACAUCCUUGCACGUCUUUGCUACCUUGCAAUCUCCAACUUCUGAGUCACCAUUUACCAAUUCAUAGAGUACAUAUACCAUCAUUUGCAAUUUUAUUUUGAUUAUUGUUUUCUUCUGGUUCUAGCUACCUGAGUAUUAGAAGCGCGACGAAUCAAUCCACACAAACGGACAGCGACAGACGAGAGUGCAAAGUUGUUCGGAAAACACUGUACUUGAUUUUUGCCUUCCUAACCUGUA